AUCGUCAGCUCUAUCAUUCCUCCGUUCGCGACCCCGGCGAGUCGCCGCGUCGGUCGUACACGCGAUCGCCGAGGAGUCGUCGCCGAUUGAAUAAGUCACGAUUCCAUGUACGUGCGUACGCGUCUCACGAUUAUGGAUAUAUCGCGGGCCGCGUGCGGCGACGCCGAUGACUCGACGGUUUUCCGUUCUCAUUGUGACGAUGUGCGACGGUGCUCUCCUCGUGCGUAAAGACUCGGGCCGGAACAGUUCGCAAGGCGACUCGCCAGUCGAACGCCAGUAUACCUAUACCCCCGACCGGCGAAUACUCUGUCCAGGCAGCAACGCUUUCGGAUAGCCACCGUUGUCGUCGUCGUCUCCUUUGGCUCCGCUAGUCGCUUCCGCUCUGCCGACCAAAUGGAUCUGCCGGCCGCCAGCGCAUCUCAACCCAAGGCGAUAAGAAUGGCGGGUUCUCCGGUGCUGGAGAACGAGGACAAGGCUGAGGUUCUCGACGAACCUCUCUUCAACACCCUCGACAUCAUACUUUUAAGCGCCCUCCUGCUGGCCGCGUUAUGGUGGUUGAUGCGACGCAACAAGCAGGACGAGUACACGUCCACCACCAAAUCCUACUCCAUUCAGCCAACGCUGUAUCCAUCGGUGACACCGUCGGAGAAUUCGUUCAUUAAGAAAUUAAAGACUUCCGGCAGAAGUCUAGUCGUAUUCUAUGGUAGUCAGACCGGAACUGGUGAAGAAUUCGCGGGUCGGCUGGCUAAAGAGGGUAUCCGUUAUAAAAUGAAAGGCAUGGUGGCUGAUCCUGAGGAAUGCGAUAUGGAGGAGCUAAUACAUCUUAAAUCAAUUCCAAAUAGCUUGGCAGUAUUUUGUUUAGCUACGUACGGAGAAGGUGACCCUACAGAUAAUGCUAUGGAAUUCGUAGAUUGGUUAAAGAAUGGUGAUGCUAAUCUGGAUGGAUUAAAUUAUGCUGUGUUCGGACUAGGAAAUAAGACAUACGAACAUUACAAUGAAGUAGCAUUAUACGUUGAUCAUAGAUUAGAGCAACUUGGUGCUACUCGUGUUUAUGAACUUGGUCUGGGAGAUGACGAUGCGAACAUAGAAGACGAUUUCAUCACAUGGAAAGACAAGUUUUGGCCUGCAGUCUGUGACUUCUUCGGAAUCGAAGGUGCAGGUGAAGAUGUCAGUAUUCGCCAGUAUCAGCUUACCGAGCACGCUGAUUUGCCCAUUGAACGUAUCUACACUGGUGAAAUAGCUCGUCUUCAUUCAUUUAAGAAUCAAAGAGCACCGUACGACGCGAAGAAUCCUUAUCUGGCACCAGUAAAAGCUAAUCAGGAGCUUCAUGGUCCAAAAUCAGAGAGGUCUUGUAUGCACAUAGAGUUUGACAUUGAAGGAUCAAAGAUGCGGUAUGAAGCUGGUGAUCAUUUAGCAGUGUAUCCUGUAAAUAACACAGAAUUAGUAAACAAAAUUGGAGAAAAAUGCGGCGUGGACUUGGACACUAUAUUUACGCUAACAAAUACAGAUGAGGAAUCUACGAAGAAACAUCCGUUCCCAUGUCCUUGUUCUUACAGGACUGCUUUAACGCAUUACUUGGAUAUCACUGGCAACCCACGCACUCAUAUUCUCAAAGAGUUAGCGGAGUAUUGCAGUGAUCCACAAGAUAAAGAAAAAUUGAAGUUAAUGGCUUCGACCAGCGCAGAAGGCAAAGCUGCUUAUCAACAAUGGAUAGUUCAAGACAAUCGAAAUAUAGUACAUAUUUUAGAAGAUAUUCCUAGUUUAAAGGCGCCGUUGGAUCAUUUGUGUGAACUUCUGCCAAGAUUGCAAUGUCGUUAUUAUUCAAUUUCCUCAUCGCCAAAGCUGCAUCCGACGUCGAUUCACAUCACCGCGGUUGUGAUAGAAUAUAAAACUCCAACUGGCAGGAUUAACAAAGGUGUGACAACUAGCUGGUUAAAGGAGAAACACCCAUCGGAUCCACCAUGCUAUGUCCCCAUUUUUGUACGAAAGUCUCAGUUCCGUUUGCCAACUAAAGUGUCCACGCCUGUUGUGAUGGUCGGGCCAGGUACUGGUAUAGCGCCGUUCAGAGCAUUCAUUCAAGAACGUGAUCUUGCUAAACGAGAAGGUAAAGAAGUCGGUGAUACUAUUUUAUACUUUGGAUGUAGAAACCGAGACGAGGAUUUCCUAUACAAAAACGAACUAGAAGAAUAUGUAAAAAAUGGUACUCUAACGUUGCAUACUGCGUUCAGCAGAGAGCAAGGUCACAAAGUGUACGUUACACAUUUAUUGGAGAAAAAUAAAGACGAAUUAUGGAGAGUCAUCGGCGAACAAAAUGGACAUAUCUAUGUUUGUGGGGAUGCUAAGAACAUGGCGCGGGACGUGCAUAAUAUAUUAUUGAAAGUUGUAAUGGAGAAAGGAAAGAUGGCGGAACUCGAUGCAGCUACGUAUAUUAAGAAGAUGGACUCACAGAAACGUUAUUCGAGUGAUGUAUGGAGUUGAACGUUGUUAUUUAAUUUGAAUGAAUAUUUAUAAGUCAAAUUGUCUAUAUUAACACUUCAAAUAUUGCCCUCACGAUGGAGCCUACUUUAUAAUUUAUCGUACAAAGUGUACGAUGUGCAUGUAAGCAUUUAAAAUAUUCAGAGGUAAAUUACAAAUGUUAGCAAAAUCGUUCGAAACUUUAAAUGUAUUUAUUAUUCGUAAGUAGUUAACGAAUUUUGUAUAAAUAUCAAUAAUUUUUUCUCUUUUUCUUUGAACCCAUUUUAUUCUGUAAUAGCAACAUUUUUCUAUGGGUAUCGAUACAAUGCAGUAAUGAGUUUAAGGACUUCUGCGUUUGAAAAAUAUGCUCAUUAAGUGUGUAAUGUUAAAAGUCAUUUUUGAUAUGUAUAGCAUUUCAUAAUUAUGAUGAUCAGAUAACAUAGAUUUCAUGAAUAUUUUGUAGAAACUAUCGAUACACUCCUGGUAAGAGACUUACGCUUACAUAUGUGUAUGUAUAGUUAAUAUAUAUAUAUAUUAUAUAAAUAAUAUAUAUUAUAUAAAUAAUAUAUAUAUAUAUAUAUAAAUCAUUUGAUAGAA